UGUCUGUCUGUUGGAUCAGAAGCUUUCAGCAGUUCUCUAAAGUCAAAUCUAGCGGUUUCUCAACAGCAUGAAAAAGAAGAUCAGCAGGGGAAGAAAAUAACUAUGAAUCAGGGUGGAAAACUUGAUAUUUACAUUGCUGUGGAUGCAUCUGAAAGCAUAGAUCAGAAGAAUUUUGAAAAUGCAAAAACCACCAUCAAAAUGCUUAUAGACAAGAUUAGUUAUUACCCGGUUUCCCCAAACUAUGAGAUCCUGAUAUUUGCUACAGAUGUUACGCCGAUAAUCACUAUGAGGGACUUCAAAAAUAAUGAUGCAAGAAACCUAAUGAAUAUUUUUAAAGCGCUGGACGACUUUAAUUAUGAGAAUAGAGGUGAUAAAACAGGAACCAAUAUCGCCAAACUCUAUACAGCCAUUUUAGGCAGCAUGAAAAUAGAGGAGCUCAACAAUGCAACGACUUUCAGUGAGACCCAACACAUCGUCAUACUGUUCACUGAUGGUCAGGCAAACAUGGGGGGGAAUCCCAAACGUAAAGUGAACCAGAUCAAAUAUCUUGUCACCAAAAAUGAUCCAAUGCGAGAGAAGAAUCUUGAUCUUUAUGUAUUUGGACUUGGAGAUGACGUGAAUCAAGAAGACAUAAAUGGCUUAGUGUCACAGAGGGACCAAGAAAAAUAUUUCUUUAAGCUUAAAAACUUGACAGAGGUGCAGGAGAUGUUUAACGACAUGAUUGAUGAGAGCACCAGUGUAGGAUUGUGUGGGAUUGUGUGGGAAGGCUUGGAAAAUAAACGCCGUGCAUUUCCCUGGUUGGCACAGAUUAAUAUUCAACAUACUUCUUCAAAAGGUUCCAAUUGCAUGGGGUCAUUAGUUUCCUCAAGUUACAUCUUGACAGCGGCUCACUGCUUCAAAGAGGGAGACACACCUGAUAGGAUAAUAGUUAAACUGGAAAAAGACCUGAUUGUAAAAGUUAAAAAUUUCACACUUCAUCCUGAAUAUAACCCCACAGCAAAACAGCAUAUGGAAAUACAGGAAUAUUACGAAUUUGAUGUAGCUCUUAUACAGCUGGUUACAGCUGUUGAGAUGAGUUUUAAUCUACGACCAAUCUGCAUCCCAUGCACUAGAGAAACAAAUGGAGCUCUGAAACUUUCAGAUAGUGAAGGGACUUGCAGAAAACAUGAGGAAAUACUAAUGAGCAACGAGCUUGUGGAAGCUGCUUUCACGUCUGAAAUGGAUACUGAUAAUAGUCCAAAAAACAUAAAAAACAUCACAAUCAAGCUUGGAAAAUAUCGGGAUGCUUGUGUUGAAGAUGCAAAAAAAGCAAAAGGAAUCAAUGUGAAAAAUGCCAGGGAAGCAGUUACAGACAAUUUUCUGUGCAGUGGUGGUAAUGAACCAAAAACAGAUGAUGUUGCCUGCAAAGGAGAAUCAGGUGGGGCCACUUAUGUGAAUAAAAAAGGUCGAGUGGUUCAGGUUGGUGUCAUAAGCUGGGGAGUGAAGGACGUCUGCAAGGAAAAAAGGAGCUUCACUUCGGAUGCAGACUCCAGAGAUUACCAUUCAAAUCUUUUCAGUGAGAAAAUACGCUCAUUCCUUAAAGAACACCUAGAAAAUGACCGCAUAGGACAACCUCUUCAAUUCUUGUGAAUGCUUUAGCAGACUGAAACUGUGUGAGUGCAGUCUGAUAAAACACUGAUUUAUUUUCUGAUGAAUACUCAACUUGAAGUCAAAUAGCUGGUCUUUGAUAAAAAUAAUAAAAAUGUUAAACAUCUAUUAUCAAUAGUC